CGACCAUUGAGAUCCCAAUGGACGCGGCCGCCACGAAGCUGCAGUGCAUGUACCGGGCGCGCCUCGCGCGCCGGGUGGCCCGCGCCCAGCUGCAAACGAUCGUUCAGCGCUACUACGACGCCGACUCGGGUCUGUAUUACUACUACAAUGCGAUCACGCAAGCGAGCUCGUGGGUCAAGCCCAAGCUGCUUGGCAGCGACGACGCACCGCUCGGCGCGGUCAGCCACGAUUCCUCGACAGCCAUGAACGAGCACGAACGUGCAACAGCCCAUGACGCCGACGAGUCGACGGACGCUGCACCAACGGAGAGCAAACCCGCCGAGGACGCACUGCCGAGUGAGCCUGCGCUUAUUGCGGAGCAACCGCCGAUCGAAAGCGAGACGCACCGAGAGCGAGACGGUGCACCGACGGGCUCCGAGGUCGUGGCCAUGACAGAGACCCCAGCGAACGCAGCCACGUCGACGGACGACGAGCGCCGCAAGUCGCAGCACUUGAACGCGCGUGCAGCCAACCCGUACUCGGCGGACGAGCUGCGUAUGAUUGAAGAGCAGUUCCGCAAGUUUGACACGGACGGCAGCGGCGAGAUUGGUCUGGACGAGCUCCAGGCCAUGCUGCAUUCGUUUGGCGACAUGGCGACCAAGGACGACGUCCAAACGCUUAUGGACACGGUGGGCAUUGCCACGAACCACAUCAACUUGUCGCAGUUCAUGGCCAUGCUUCACCACCAGCGCGAGCACGAUACGUACUGUCCGUCGAUUGAGCUCGCGCUCAUGUUUGGUCCUGACGAAAUCGCGAAUUUGCGCUCGCAGUUUCAAGCCAUCGACGCCGACGCCAGCGGCGAGAUUGACGAGCACGAGCUCGCGACACUCAUGAAGAACCUCGGGCAAAACCCGCUCGGCAUGGACCUCAAGGCCAUCAUCCACGAAGUCGAUCGCGACGGCAACGGCACCAUCAACUUCAACGAGUUUUGUCAUAUUGUGUACAACAUGCGCAAUCAAUCCAAGACAAAAUUUGCGACGCUGCUGGCCCUGGGCGUGGCCAGAGGCCUUCUCACCGACCUCGGCGACGUCCUCGCCGCCACAAAGAACAAGGUGUCCAUGUGGUGGAAUGCCAAUCGGCUGGCCGAAGAGAAGCGGUUGCGGGCCAAACGCGAGCGCGAGCUCGAGAUCGAACGUCGGCGCCGUGAAGCGGAAGCCCGCGAACAGCAAAUCUACCAAGACGAACUCGACCGCCUUGACGCGCUCGAGCGCGAGCGUCUCACAAUGGUGCCCGGUCUGCGCCACGAGGUGCUGCUCGAAGGCGACAAAGAAAAUUACCCGAACCGCGGCCAGUACGCCCGCGUGCACUACGUUGGCGCGUUUGAGAACGGCAAAGUCUUCGAGUCGUCGCGGACCCGGGGCGGGGCCCUCGAGUUCAAAGUUGGCUGUGGCCACGUCAUUGAAGGGUGGGACGUGGCGCUGCUUCGCAUGAGUGUGGGCGAGACCGCGCGUGUUACGUGUGCGCCCAAGCUCGCGUACGGCGUCAAAGGUCGGCCGCCCAAGAUCCCCGGCAACGCAACACUCGUCUUUACGAUCGAGCUCAUCGCAAUCAAGGAAAAGGUCGUUCGCAGCGGCGACGACGACGGCAGCGACGACGACAGUUGAUGCUCUACGACGCAAACAACGACUGCUGUUGCUGCUGCUGUUGCUGUUGUUGUUGCUGCUGCUGGCUCCAGUAGUACAUGAGUGCUUGUUCUUGGAGCUUCCCAAGGCCGCCAACGCAUUUCGCCAAGAAGAACACGGCCCCCGGCGACUAGAUAACAGUAGUGUGAGCCGCUGACAACAGC